CUUUCCUUGCAAGGACCACGAGCAUCUGGAAAAGCAUGUAUACAGUGGACAGGUCCAAUAAAUCAGGCUCAGUCCAAUCUAACAACAAAAAUCAGAAGAAAUUCGAGUCUCCCUCUGGUCGCACAUUAAUGGCGGCGACCAAAUCCAAAGCUUCAAAACCGAGCUCAGAUGGCACAAACCCCAAGGUCUGGCUCUAUUCCUUGUUGCUCACGCUUCAGUACGGUGCUCAGCCGCUCAUCUCUAAAAGUUGCAUUGGACGUGAAGUGAUUGUGACUUCAUCUGUAUUGACAUGCGAGGUAGUAAAGGUCAUGUGUGCUUUUAUUCUCAUGGCAAAAGAAGGUAGUUUGAAGAAAGUAUUCAAGGAAUGGACUUUGGUUGGCUCAUUGACUGCAUCAGGAUUGCCUGCAGCUAUCUAUGCACUUCAAAAUAGCUUGUUGCAGAUUUCAUACAAGAAUCUUGAUUCACUCACAUUUUCAAUGCUGAACCAGACAAAACUAUUUUUCACUGCUUUGUUUACAUAUAUGAUCUUGAGGCAGAAGCAAUCAAUUCAACAGAUUGGGGCAUUAUGCUUGUUGAUAAUUGCUGCAGUUCUUCUAAGCAUUGGUGAAGGAUCCAGCAAAGGUCCUGGUAGUAGUAACCCUGAUGAAGUUUUAUUCUAUGGAAUUAUUCCUGUGUUAGUAGCUUCUGUACUCUCUGGUCUGGCUUCUGCACUGUGUCAAUGGGCUUCUCAGGUAAAGAAACGUGCAUCAUACUUGAUGACGGUAGAGAUGUCUAUAGUUGGGACCCUAUGCCUUCUCGCUAGUACUUACAAGUCUCCAGAUGGAGAAGCUAUCAGACAGCAUGGAUUUUUUUAUGGCUGGACUCCACUAACCUUGGUCCCUGUUAUGAUCAAUGCUGUUGGUGGAAUUCUUGUCGGCCUAGUGACAUCUUAUGCUGGUGGUGUUCGAAAGGGAUUUGUCAUCGUGUCAGCACUUCUUGUCACAGCCUUACUGCAAUUCAUCUUCGAUGGAAAACCACCUUCAUUGUAUUGCCUUGUGGCUCUUCCACUUGUGAUGACUAGCAUCUCCAUAUACCAAAAAUACCCAUACCGUGUGACAAAGAAGGAGUCGUAGACCAUGAAUGUCAACACAGUGGGAGAGGGAGAUUUUUUCUUGACACCCACCAACUUUUCAUGGAGGGUGGACGGUAAUUGAAAUUUUUACAAGUGUAUGCUGAUACCUCAUAGCUUAGGGAAUUAAGAAAGGAUUCUUUACUUCCUUUCACCCCACUUAUCCGAAUUGGAGGUGUAUAUCGGAUUGUUUUAAGAUUCAUACGGUUUAGUACACGCAUGUACUAUAUUCUUGAACGCAUUGUACUGCUGCCUAGUUGAGGACUGGAACUAUUUGAAUCAACCUGCAUUGUCCUUAUAUGAGAAUACAGGGGGAUAAAGCAAUGUAAUUCAUGUGCAUUUUGCUCUGGUGCACGCCAUGCUGAAUUCAUAGGGCUUGUGAUGUGAGGUAGCCUUUGCAAUCUGUUGAUACAAUUGAGCAGGGGCUUCAGUGGG